AUGCACGAUGUCAAGAUCAAGAGUGAUCAGACGAAGAGAAGUUUGGAGAAGGCGAAGCAGAAGAAGGCGGGCGAGAGGGAGAUUGAGCGAUUGAAGGAUCAAUAUGCGAACAGUUUGAGGAGUUUGGAUAGUGAGGAGAGGAAGCAUGCUGGGUACGCCGUUGCAAACAUGGCACCCACGAAGGAUACGAUCCUGAUCACCGGCGGAACGGGCUUCGUGGCCUCAUACUGCAUCCUCCGAGCCAUUCAAACGGGAUACACGGUGCACGCGACACUACGAUCGCGAGACCGAAUCGAUCAGAUACGCCAAUCGUUACAGAAUGGAGGUGCUACUUGGCCUCAGGUCAAGAACGUCAAGUUCUUCGAGGCGGAUCUUGCGAAGGACGAAGGGUGGGAGACCGCGUGUCAGGGCUGUGGUUACGUGCUGCAUGUAGCCACUCCGGUGCCCAAGGCCGACCCGAAAGACGAGAACGAUCUGAUAAUUCCGGCUCGUGAGGGAACGCUUCGAGUCCUGCGGGCUGCGAAAAAGGUGGCCACGACGUCAAGUCUGCUGGACAGACGUGGAAUGAGGAGGACUGGACAGAUCUGGAGAACCGCAGGAUAUCGGUCACCUCAUACGCGAAAAGCAAAACGCUUGCGGAGCGUGCUGCCUGGGACUUCAUCGGAGAAAGAGGGCAAUGGCAUGCAGCUGGCAGCAGUCCACCCACAACUCGUCCUGGGACCAAUUCUCGGCUCGGAUGUUCCCAGCAGCGUCGAGCUGCCUAUGCUCUUGCUGAAUGGCAAGUUUCCGGGCAUUCCGCACCUGCCUAUUGGCGUUGCCGAUGUUCGCGACGUUGCAGACUUACAUUUGCGAGCCAUGACCCACCCAGAUGCUGCGGGACAGCGCUUCAUAGCGACCUCGGACGACAAAGUCGUUUGGGUUCAGGACAUGGUGGACAUACUGAAACAAAGUCUCCCAGAGGCAGAUACCAAAAAGCUGCCGACCAGGGCUUUGCCUAAUUUGCUACUCAAAGUUGUCGGAUUCUUCGACGCUACGACGAGAUUAAUUGUGCCCUACCUCGGCAAUCCCAUGCCUCUCUCCAACGCGAAAGCCAAGAAUGUGCUGGGCUGGCAGCCGAGGACGGCGAAAGACGCAUUAUUGGCAUCCGCGGGGAGUCUGAAGAAAUACGGAAAAGUAUAG